CGCGAACGCAACGUUUCUUUCGAAUGCGUAAUUCAAUUGUGUUCAAAGCACGUGACAUGAAGCACGGAAACCAGCUGUUAUAAAGUCCGGUGCACGUGUUCUCCUCGUUCGUAUGAGAAACGUUCCGUGAUGAGGAUAACAAGUUUAAAGGAUAUUCGCAGUUUGUUGUUCCUGUUGGCGGCAGUGACGAGCACGUGGGCGUCAAAAUGUAGCAGACUGAUCGACGGCACCACGAUGCCUCGUUCAAACGCCGAUGGAAAGUACCACAUGUUCAUCACCCUGUUCAACCGAACGGAGAUGGUCUUCGCUUACAUGCCUAACACCAGAUACACAGUGACGGUACAGGCGGACAGUCUAAGCAUAUUCCCUCGGAGAUUCACGAGAUUCCUGAUGACUGCUGAACCCGAGAGCGAAGAUGACUCGGCGGACAGCGGCAUUUUCGACCUGCAGGAUGAAAUAUUGAUGAAAUACUCUGAUACCUGUCCAAACGCCGUGAUGGAGAGCUCGGAAGUGUCUAAAGAGGAAAUCUCAGUGCCCUGGACCAGCCCUUCCGAAGGUAGCGGUUGCAUACUUAUCAGGGCGACGAUAUUGGAAACGCCGGAUACGUGGUACAUGGACGACUCGAACUUGAUGUUGAAGAUAUGUCAAGACUCGAAAGUCGAGGCGGACGAUCAGGGCCCGGUGUUGAAAACCUGCUGCUCCUGCGACGAAGCCAAGUACGAAGUUACUUUCGAAGGACUCUGGUCGAGAAAUACCCAUCCCAAGGAUUUUCCUAGCAAGGGUUGGCUGAUUCGAUUUUCCGAUGUUAUUGGGGCAUCGCAUACCAGCGAUUACAGAUUCUGGAGGUACAACGAAUUGGCUUCUGAUGGUCUGCGACAAGUGGCUGAACUUGGGUCGACGAGGAAAUUAGAAUCCGAGUUAAAAAGACAAAGUGAACAUAUUAGGACGAUAAUUAAGGCCAGAGGUGUAAGUUACCCCAACGUCACCGGGAAAACUUUUGCAGUCUUCCGCGUCGAUCGCAAACAUCAUCUCAUGUCCUUAGUGUCCAUGUUAGAUCCUUCGCCGGACUGGAUUGUCGGUGUCUCGGGUUUGGAACUAUGCCUGGAAGAUUGCACUUGGAUCGAGCACAAAGAACUCAACUUGUAUCCGUACGAUGCGGGCACUGAUAGUGGAAUCACUUAUUUGUCGCCGGAUCAGCCGACGGAGCCUCAAGAACCGAUUCGGCGUAUAACGUCGAGCUAUCCAGACGAUCCGAGAUCUCCAUUCUACGAUCCUUCCGGUUUAGACAUGAAACCACUUGCCAAGCUUUACUUAAAUCGGCAAAGGCUCUACGAGAAAGUGUGCAACGACGCGACAGGGGAUGUGGUUGACACAGGUGAAGAGACUGAUGACACAACGUCAUCCGACAGUAAAGACAAACGCAAAGCGUGUAAAGUAACGCCGUGGGGUAACUGGAGCGAUUGUUCGGUGACAUGCGGUCGUGGCAACAAGCUAAGACAAAGACACUACCAGGAUAAAACCGCUGCGGCGUUGAAUAAAUGCGACGUCACGCUAACUGACAAGGUGCCGUGUUCCGGAAAGCUUCGCUGCAAAGGAGGACCGAACCCAGGCAUUCUGAAGACUGAGCAAUGCAAGCUGGACGAAUGGAGCGGCUGGAGUUCGUGCACUACGACCUGCGGCACCGGUAAGAAGACCAGAACGCGGAACUUUAAGAAUAAGAAGUUUCGCAAACAGUGCAAGGCCGUCCACGGCGGGCCGGAAUUGCAACAGACGCUCGACUGCUUUAACGCCCCGUGUGAUGAGGAGGACUUGGAAGAGGUAAGAGAGCCGUCUAGCCAGGAGAAGGAGAAUGAUAACGAUGAGGAGAAUAAUAAUAAUAAUGAGGAGGACGAUAACAAUGAGGAGAAUGAUAACAAUGAGGAGAAUGCUAACGAUAAGGAGAAUGAUAUGGAACAGGAGAGUAACGAUGACGAUGCUAGAAGAGAGAAUUACGAGGGAGAGGAACCGUUGCUGUUGGGGGUAACCGAGGAAUGGCUGCAGAAAUGUCCCGAAGAUCGUUACACGCAGUGGUCCCUGUGGUCGCCCUGCAGCUCUAGUUGCGGUCCCGGCGUCCAAUUUAGGUCCAGGCUCGUUAACAAAAAUUGGGGUAGCGCAGGGUACACCGAGGAGGACGCAAUCCUGGAGGAGUGCAAAAUGCAGCAGGCCGGCUGCGUGGCCAAUAUUCCAACUUGCGAUUUCACAAAGGAACAGGGAGAAGAAAUUUGUAACGAACCGAUGAAGAAGGGACGGUGCAGCGGCAACAUUAUACGAGCGUAUUUCGACAAACAAGCGGGCCGUUGUCGUUUAUUCAGUUAUUCCGGGUGCGAUGGGAAUCGAAAUAAUUUCCAAACGGAGCAGGACUGCAAAAAAAUCUGCGGUGAUUUUCAAAGAAACGAAAGGGCGAACUUGUCAACGAUGACGAAAGAUUAUAAGGUCUCUCUCAGCAGCGUUCUCAGCUAUCACAUACCUGCGAAGGAGCAACGCAGCGCGAAGAUGAAACGAGCUCACCGCGAGAAGUUAGAAUUCAAAGGUAUUCAACCGGAUAGUCAGAUAGUGGAAUCGUCCGAAAAUAUCGACUGUCAGACAUCCGAAUGGAGUAGUUGGUCAAAAUGCAUAGGUUGUCGUGGAUUCACAGUCAGCACAAAGGAAAUUCUGGUGUUACCCAGGGGUAAUGGUAAGCCCUGUGCGAAGAAAUUACGUCGCCAAAGGAAGUGUCAUAAGCUCCCGCCGUGUUCUCUUCAAGGCGAUGGGCCAGGACGACGUACAUAUCGUGACCGAAGUUCAAAAGAAGAACUUUCAGUCGAUUGUCAAAUGACGCAAUGGUCUAGUUGGUCGCGUUGCUCGGCUACAUGCGGGGAAGCAUCGCGGUACAGAACGAGAACGGUCAGAGUUCAACCCGGUGGUCCAAGAGACAAACUAUGUCCCCCCAUGGUAGAGUACAGGAAAUGUCGUACAAUCGAAUGCCAGUAAUAACACUUAUCCAAAAACUUUUUACAUAUCCCUUUUCUAUUCUUUCUUCGCCCUUAAAACUUGACGAAUUUUUUGUUUCUCUACCUUAAAACUGUAUCAUGAAAUCAAGCGGAAUCGUGACUCUAAAAUGAAAUUAAACAAAGUAAAAAACUCAAGUUAAAACGUUAUCACUUUAGAUCUCUUCUAACAAUCUAUUAAAAAAAUUGACAAUCAAUAACUUUGAAGACGCUUGAUUAUAUUGAUGCAUAUACAUAAUUGGUGUACAAAUUUUUUUUCUUUGAAGUAGUCUAUAAUACUCUAAUAUGAGGAACAACAUCUUUCGUUUUUAGCUAAGAUAAACUAUAUUUAUAACGAAUUCUAGAAAAUUAAUGUAAUUUAACGCACAAAAUAUCGUGCCAUAUUUCUUGUCCGUUUCUCUCUCUCCUUUUUUUUAAUUAUGAAUUACGAUUUCGUCGUAUUUUUAUUUUACAUAAUAAUAAGUACUGUUUGAAAAAGAACUGCAUUCCAAUUACAUUAUCAUAAAGGAACAAAGAAAUUAUGUUAUCCAAGUUCAUAAUAGAAACGCUCGUAAUCUGUGUUAGAAUUGUAGAUUGACUAGAUUACAUUUAAAAAUUCUCUUAAAAUUGAUUCGACAU